CGGUGAGAGGGCAGAGUCACGUCACACAGGGCUGGUCUGAAGGCUUAUUAGCCCGGGGAACCGAGCUCCAGGCCGCCUCACUCUGCAGCUCUGUGCGCCAGCGGCGGAGGGCUGUCCGGCGAGCUUCGCCCAAACUUUCUGGAAACUCAGUGAAGAGAACAGAAACGCUCUGACAAAGUGUCGCAACCCGCCUCACUCCUGAUUCAAUCAAACUGCAGCUACUUCCUUCCCCCUUUAAUAAUCAGAGCCUGCGCUUCUGACAAGUUUUGAAUGAGCCUCCUCACGUUUGCGUAGAGACUUUCUUUUAUUUUUCGCUGUUGCGCUUUUUAAUUUGGGCUUGAGGUUGAGAUAACGCUCCUCUCGUGAUGGCUGUGGUUUCUCUAGCUUUUCUGCUUGUUGGAUUUGUUUUGACUUCAGCUGACGAGGCUGGGGAAGCAAACCGGGAAGACCAGCUGAGGAGCCGGCUGAAGGAGUACGGCCUGGUGACGCCGUUCAGCACCGACUCCCACGGUCACUACCUGUCCCACCUGCUGUCCGCCACGCACAAGCAGCGCGUGAGGAGGGACGCGUUUCCCUCCGAGUCCGAGCAGAGACUCUUCUUCAACAUCACGGCCUUCGGGAAGGAGUUCCACCUGCGGCUGCGGCCCAACGACCGGCUGGUGGCGCCCGGGGCGAUGGUGGAGUGGCACGACGAGGUUCGGGGGUUUGGGAACGCCACGGCGGGCGCCAACCAGACCGACGCGACGGAGAGGAUUCUCCAGCGGGAGCUGCUGAAGACGGACUGCACCUUCAUCGGUGACAUCACUGACGUCCCCGGAGCCAUGGUUGCCAUUAACAACUGCGAUGGACUGGCUGGGAUGAUCCGAACCGACUCGGAUGAGUAUUUUAUCGAGCCGCUGGAGAAAGGCACUCAGGAGCUGGAGGACCAGGGCCGGGUCCAUGUGGUGUACCGCCGGUCGGCGCUGCUGCAGGCCCCCUCUGACAGCUCACCGGACUACCAGCUGCAAGAACCGGAGCUGGGCGUCGCCGGGUCGCUGGACUCACUGACGCAGCAGGUGAACCAGACGGUCCGCCGCCGGCAGCGCCGCAGCGCCGCAGAAAACGACUACAACAUCGAAAUCCUGCUGGGAGUCGACGACUCGGUGGUUCGCUUUCAUGGCAAGGAGCAUGUGCAGAAUUACCUCCUGACUCUGAUGAACAUCGUGAACGAGAUUUACCACGACGAGUCGCUGGGCGUUCACAUCAACGUGGUUCUGGUCAGGAUGAUCAUGCUGGGCUACGCCAAGUCCAUCAGCCUGAUUGAGAGAGGAAACCCAUCACGGAGUCUGGAGAACGUUUGCCGCUGGGCGUUUGUGCAGCAGAAAGGCGACCUUGAUCACGCCGAACAUCACGACCACGCCAUCUUCCUCACGCGCCAAGGCUUCGGCCCCACCGCCGCUUCGGGUUACGCUCCGGUCACAGGGAUGUGCCACCCGGUCCGGAGCUGCACCCUCAACCACGAAGACGGCUUCUCGUCUGCGUUCGUCGUGGCUCAUGAGACCGGACACGUGCUGGGCAUGGAGCACGACGGCCAGGGAAACCGCUGCGGGGACGAGACGGCGAUGGGCAGCGUCAUGGCGCCGCUGGUGCAGGCGGCCUUCCAUCGGUACCACUGGUCCAUGUGCAGCGGACAGGAGCUGAAGAGAUACAUCAGAACCUACGACUGUUUGCUGGACGACCCUUUCAAACACGACUGGCCUCAGCUUCCUGAACUCCCCGGCAUCAACUACUCCAUGGAUGAGCAAUGCCGAUUCGACUUCGGCGUGGGAUACAAGAUCUGCACCUCGUUUCGGACGUUUGACCCGUGCAAACAGCUUUGGUGCAGUCACCCUGACAACCCGUACUUCUGCAAAACCAAAAAGGGCCCGCCUCUGGACGGGACCGAGUGCGCUCCAGGAAAAUGGUGCUACAAAGGCCACUGCAUGUGGAAGAACCCCAACCAGCUGAAGCAGGACGGCGCCUGGGGCUCCUGGAGUAAAUUCGGCUCCUGCUCUCGAUCCUGUGGAACCGGCGUUCGCUUCCGGACGCGCCAGUGCAACAACCCCGCACCCUCCAACGCCGGCCAGGACUGUCCUGGAGUCAACUACGAGUACCAGCUGUGCAACACAAACGAAUGCCCCAAGCACUUUGAAGAUUUCCGAGCCCAGCAGUGCCACGAUCGCAACUCCAACUUUGAGUUCCAGAAUGCCAAACACCACUGGCUGCCGUAUGAGCACCCCGACGCUAACAAGCGGUGCCACCUGUACUGCCAGUCAAAGGAGACCGGCGACGUGGCGUACCUGAAGCAGCUGGUGCAGGAUGGGACGCGGUGCUCGUACAAGGACGCCUACAGCAUCUGCGUGCGUGGAGAAUGUGUGAAGGUCGGCUGCGACAGAGAGAUCGGCUCCAACAAGGUGGAGGAUAAAUGUGGUGUUUGUGGUGGAGACAACUCCCACUGCCGGACCGUGAAGGGAACCUUCACCCGGUCUCCAAAGAAACCAGGGAAGACCAGAGGCGCCUUCUCUCUGCCCAAAGGAGCUCGCAAUGUGUUUCUAAAUGAAAGCGAGGAGUCUAGGAACGUCCUGGGUUACCUUAAGAUGUUUCAUGUUCCUCCUGGAGCUAGACACGUGCAGAUCCGGGAACACGAGGCCGACCCGCAGAUCCUGGCAAUCAAGAACCAGGCAACAGGACACUACAUCCUCAACGGGAAGGGAGACGAGCUGAAGUCCAGGAGCUUCAUCGACCUGGGAGUGGAGUGGCACUACGUCCUGGAGGGAGACGUGGAGACGCUGCACACCGACGGGCCUCUGCACGACCCCGUGGUGGUUCUGAUUAUACCGAAGGACAAUGAGACACGAUCCACGUUGAUGUACAAGUACAUCAUCCACGAGGACUCGGUGCCGGUCAACAACAACAACGUGAUCCAGGAGGAAGCGUACGAGUGGGCCCUGAAGAGCUGGUCUCCGUGCUCAAAGCCCUGCUCUGGAGGGUCUCAGUACACCAAGUACGGCUGUAGGAAGAAGGGAGACACCAAGAUGGUCCACCGCGGAUACUGUGAGGCAAACAAGAAGCCGAAGCCGAUCCGCCGGAUGUGUAACCUUCAGGACUGCACUCAGCCUCAAUGGAUCUCUGAAGACUGGGAGCAUUGCACCAAAACCUGCGGCUCCCUGGGUUUCCAGAUCCGCACGGUUCGCUGCAUGCAGUUCCUCCACGACGACUCCAGCCGCUCCAUCCACAGCAAAUACUGCAGCGGGGAGAAGCCGGAGAGCCGGAGACCCUGUAACAGAACCCCGUGUCCGGCCCAGUGGAGGACGAGCGGCUGGUCUCAGUGCUCCGUGACGUGCGGCGAGGGGCUGGAGCGGCGGCCUGUGACCUGCAAGACCGGAGAUCAGUGCUACGGGGACAAACCUGAGGCGGUGCGGCCGUGCAGGCCGGGUCCGUGCCACGGUGAGCAUGCCACAGAUGAGCCGUGCAGCGGAGACAAAUCCAUCUUCUGCCAAAUGGAGGUGUUGGCAAGAUACUGCUCUAUUCCAGGCUACAACAAGCUGUGCUGCGAGUCGUGCAGCAAGCGCACCGGAGGUUUGUCUUUGUUCUCGGAGGCGGCGGAGACGGAGGAACACGUCCGCUUCGGAUCGGCCUCCCAGCUGCUGGAGACGCUGAUGGCCAACGCCACCGCCAGCGGCAAGCAGAGCUCAGGGAAAAGCAGCGCUGCAAAACGCAUCGCAACCCCGGCGCCGCUGAAGAAAGGCCAGCCAAAGAUCUCCAAAGCACCGAGGAGAGUCCCACGAGAUCUAAAGCUCACCCCAUCGCUCCCCCAGGAGCCAGAAGGUCAAAGGUCAGGCGGUCUGAUGGCGAGCCGGUGGCCUACGUCAUACUCUAAAGUUGAGAGAUGAAAGUGAAGCGUGUUCCCUUCAGGACUCCUCAUGGACAGUAGAUUCUCCAGCCUCACCAAAUACACCACAGAGAGUCGGAAGGUGGAAGGAAAAGUGCUGGUUCACUUUGUUUUUAUCCGUAUCAUCGCCCCUGAAAUGGACCUGAAACACAACGCUGACGUUCCCAGACGGCUCCCUCAGUCUGUGAGCUGGAAGAGUUCAAAUAAAAAACGACCCAAAGGGAAUUUCGUUCCAGUCAAAUUACAAAACGAAACUGAGAAAGACUGUCAGUCUGAGUCCAACACGUAGUUUUCCAAAGAAACUGCUGCUUUAUUCAAAACACAGUAUCGAAUUCUGGAUUUUGGUCAUGUAGAAACAAUCGAAACUUCAGUGAGAUGUUUGCUAAAGUUCCCAAAUCUUUGUUCUGAUUGGUUUAUUUUUCAGUUUCUGUCAUAAAUAACACGAGGGCCGUUAGCAGAAGCCAAGUUCACAACGAUCAUCCUCAGUAAAAUCUGCUGCUAAUACUCCCAACAGCUAAAAACGACAAACAUUGAGACGUAUCGAAAUGUUUAGGAAUUAAAUCUCAUCUCCGGUUUUUAGUCUGAA